AAACAAUUAACAGCUGUCAUGUGUACACAAAAUUAUAACUGUUGUUUAUAACUAUAAAAAUUACAUAAGAAAAUUUAAAAUUCAGUCUGGUAAUUUGUAAUAACUAAAAUAUAAAAUAUGCAUUUUUCAAAGAGAUUUAAGAGAGCCUGGAUGAAAAGUAACCAAAGGAUGCACGACAUGCUUUUGGCAAGGCCAAGAACGAGAUAUCUACAACGGUGGCCAGAUCCUGCGCUUGAGAGGACGCUGCCAGCUGAAAUUCCAGCGGCUGCCAUGCGAGCGAAACCGACCGCCAGAACCUUAGAACUUGCUAAGCCGAAAACAACAUUCCCAUCGAUGCCACCAAAGGAGGUCCCGACCAUUGUAGAGCCGUGGGUGUUGAAGUACGAACCGACUCAGAGGAUCAUGGAGUUGGCCAGACCUGCGCGUAAGGGCAAGCGUAGCAAAGAAUUUAAAGCAAAAACCUCGAGGACGAAAAGGAAGCAAUACAGCCAAGAAAGAUUAUUGACAUUGGCUAAAAGAAAGCCUUCCCACCAUCCUCCUGCAAUAAAGAAGAAACCUGCAAAGCCGCUGAAUGAACUCUUGCCUCGGAUAAAGAUCCUCAGCGAACUGCCCAGGAGAUACCAGUCGCCAGAUCUGCCAAAGAUACCAGUUGUUCGAAAGUUAAGGUUAGACCCGAAAAGCUUCGAGCCUUCAGAGAGGACAAAGAAUCUUGCGCAGCCCCGAGAGUACAAUGAGUUCAAGCUGGACGAGGAUUAUGACCCUUACCUCAUCAACCCGGCGGCCCUCACCUAUGUCGCGACCGACAACAUAAAGAAGUUGGCAGAGCCACGUCAUAAGGAGGAAAAGAGAAUUAAGAAGUAAACACCUACGUGCUUGGGAUGGACUGGACAACGAUAUGAACUUCCAAAUUCUAUAUCGCUAAUUCUCUAACGGUGUUUAGCAAUAGGCUUAGAAGUGUUUCAGAGUAUGUAGCAUUGUUAAAAUGACUAAAAAUAUACUUGCACAAUUGGGGGUUUUA